CAGUUCACAGCUGUUUUUACACGUCAGACUCGGGUGUGCGUUGCAUUCGAGCUGUCAAAACUCAAAAUGCUUACCCGCCGGUUUGUCAUUCGAUUAUUCAGUGCUGUUCUGUUAGUAGGAAUCUUUUUAUCCCUUCCACAGUUUUGCCAUACUCACUCUCACAAUGACCAUGGACAUUCACACGAUCAUCAUGGACACGCACAUGGUCAUCACGGACAUUCGCACGAUCAUAUCGAAGAGCGGCCAUCAUUCAAAUAUUCUAAAGAAGCCAAUAUUCCAAAACCGCCUCCUCCACCAGCGAAAAAACUAGACGAAAAGGAAAAUCUUCAUCACCAUGGACAUUCACAUGAUCAUCAUGGACACAGUCAUGAUCAUGAACACACUCAUGAAGAGACACAGCGUGCUGAAGUUCCAAAAAGAACAACAAUGGUCUUGUGGACAGAAGCUAUUGGUUCAACUCUUCUCAUCAGCAUAGCACCAUUUAUUGUGCUUUUUUUAAUCCCUAUUGACAGCAGCCCUGAACGCCAACCUCUGCUCAAAGUUUUGCUUAGCUUUGCCUCUGGUGGACUUCUCGGUGAUGCAUUCUUACAUUUAAUUCCACACGCUUUGAUGGCUCAUUCUGGGGAUGCUGAACAUCAUUCCCACUCACAUGGGCAUUCUCAUGGAGAUGGUCAUUCUCAUGGACAUGAUAUGACUGUUGGCCUCUGGGUCUUGAGUGGUAUCAUUGCUUUCCUAGCUGUUGAGAAAUUUGUUAGAAUCGUUAAAGGUGGUCAUGGUCAUAGUCACAGUCACAGUCAUAGUGAACCUAAGAAAGAUACAAAGCCUAAAGCUGAGACAAGCCCAAAAGAAGGAAAAACCAAAGAGAAAAAGGAGAAGGCUGCUAAGGAAUCUGCGAAACCUUCUGGAGAUAUCAAGGUAGCUGGAUAUCUGAAUUUGGCUGCCGAUUUUACUCAUAAUUUCACCGAUGGCUUAGCUAUUGGAGCUUCAUUUUUGGCUGGACGUACGACAGGAAUCGUUACAACGGUCACUGUUUUGUUGCACGAAGUCCCUCACGAAAUCGGGGAUUUCGCCAUCCUGAUUCAGUCAGGCUGUGAUCGUAAAAAGGCCAUCUUUUUGCAGCUCAUCACAGCGGUGGGAGCGCUUACGGGAUGUGCUGUUUCGCUGUUUGCAGAGGGAAUUGGAGCUGCCGCAACCGCCUGGAUCCUUCCGUUCACAGCCGGUGGAUUCAUUUACAUCGCAACCGUUUCAGUCAUUCCUGAACUUUUAGAAAACAGCAAGUUCUCUCAGACUAUAAUGGAAAUCGCUGCCUUGCUUGCUGGUGUCUACAUGAUGGUUUUGAUCGCCGAGUACGAGUGAAAAGUUUUGGAUGCAAGUUGUUUCCUUCUGGCAAGGCUAGAAUGGUUUUACUUUUACUUCUAUUAAUCCGAAUACCAUUCUGGCCUACAUUACGCCUUGUGCUUGUUCGUAUGUGUUGCAAGAAACUGAAUAAAGGUAUGAAAUUGAAAUAAAAUUUAACACAUUAAAAA